AUGUUUGGUUCCUUUGCCCCAGUGUUCAGCUUUUUACGACGAAACAAACACGUGGUGACAUCGUCGUCCAUGAAUUUACCAGAGGACUUACUAGUACUCCGAUUACUUAAAUUUACUGUGGUUACUCCGAUGACUAUCUACCUCACGUCACACAUUCAACCACGUCAGCCACUACAAACCGUCACAACCACCACCGUCACACCUUACCACGUCAGCCACACACCGUCACGACACGCAGCCACGACACCACGCACCACCACACGACGCACCACCAAGCGCACCGACUACCAAACUGGAACCGACACACAACACGACACGAGCCACCAAAACGCUACGCACCACGAACGCACCGUCUACCACGACGACUACUCAGACCACACGACUGGACACGCGUACAGCUACACUACGAUCUACCGACCGCGCCACACGUCAACCACCAGCCACGACUACACCGCACCACACCACAGAGCUACCACCAGCGACCACAGUUACGACACCGACCUUUGGUCACGCGACCAUAACCCACCACGACUACGAUCGUCACCACACCUACACGAUUACACCGUCACCACCAGCACCGACUACCACCGCCAGACCACCACGUCAGCCACCACCACCGACGACUACCUACGCGCACAGCGUCACAUCCACGACCACGACUACGGCACCGUCACCUUGACACCACCCACACUACCACCACGACUAUACCACUGCUACGACCUACCUCCACGACUCGCCUCGUCCGCGACCACCACCGUCACCGACCACCACCACGUCAGCCUACCACCAGACGACACACCUUGUCACCACCACCGCAGCGACUACCCGACCGUGCACACCACCUUAGCACGUAACUCGGCACAGUGCACCUACCAAGCGAACGACUACUAG